CCUAGGGCGGGAGGGGGACUGGUAUAAAGCUGCAGGCACCAGCGGCGCUCUGCCGCACACACUCAGCGCCCGCCUAAACUUACCCAGUUUCUGGCCCUUUCCCGCCUGUUCACCACCACCAUGACCCCAGGCAUCCGGGCUCCUUUCUUCCUCCUGCUGCUUCUAGCACUCCCAACAGCCUUUCUUGCAUUUUGAAGUCAGAAAAAUAGUGCCACCUUAUCCCAGGACACCAACAGUUCCUUAACAUUGACUACCUCCCCAGGCCACAGUGGCACGGUGGCCCCAGCAGCCACCAGCCCUCCAGUGGACUCCAGUACUACAGGCCACAGUGGCACGGUGGCCCCAGACACCAGCCCUCCAGUGGACUCCAAUACUCCAGGCCACAGUGGCACAGUGGCCCCAGACACCAGCCCUCCAGUGGACUCCAGUACUCCAGGCCACGGUGGCACGGUGGCCCCAGGCACCAGCUCUCCAGUGGACUCCAGUACUCUAGGCCACGGUGGCACGGUGGCCCCAGGCACCAGCCCUCCAGUGGACUCCAGUACUCCAGGCCACAGUGGCACAGUGGCCCCAGGCACCAGCCCUCCAGUGGACUCCAGUACUCCAGGCCACAGUGGCAUGGUGGCCCCAGGCACCAGCCCUCCAGUGGACUCCAGUACUCCAGGCCACAGUGGCACGGUGGCCCCAGGCACCAGCCCUCCAGUGGACUCCAGUACUCCAGGCCACAGUGGCACGGUGGCCCCAGGCACCAGCCCUCCAGUGGACUCCAGUACUCCAGGCCACAGUGGCACGGUGGCCCCAGGCACCAGCCCUCCAGUGGACUCCAGUAUUCCAGGCCACAGUGGUGCUUCCAUCCAGACCACUGAAGCUAUAUCAAGCCUAGCUAGUACUCUGAUCUACAGUGGCUCCUUGGUGCCAACUACCAGCCCUGCAUUGGGCUCAGCCACCAGUCCAGUCCCCAGUGGUGCCUCAACUACAACUAACAGCUCCGAUUCAGCCUUGGCCACCACUCCAAUUUCCAGUGGUGCCUCUAUGUCUACUAUCAAGGCUACACCAGGCUCAGCCAUCACCCCAGGGCACAGUGGCUCCUUGGUGCCAACUACCAGCUCUGUGCUGGGCUCAGCCACCAGUCCAGUCCAUAAUACCUCUGCAACGGCUCCUAUAACUCCAGUCAGCAGCAAUGGCACUCAGCCUUCAGUUCCAAGUCAGCACCCUGUUACUCCUACAACCCUCGCCACCUCCAGCAACAGCACUUCCUCUUCCCUACUUUCUACUCUGGCCGGCAGCACAGUGCUCCUCUCUACCCUUUCCACUAAUAGUCCUCCCCAGUUGUCUGUUGGAGUCUCUUUUUUCUUCUUGUCUUUUCAUAUUUGGAACCACAAGUUUAACUCUUCCCUGGGAGAUCCCAGCUCCAACUACUAUCAAGAACUGAAGAGGAACAUUUCCGGAUUGUUUCUGCAGAUUUUUAACCAAGAUUUCCUGGGGAUCUCUACCAUCAAGUUCAGGUCAGGCUCAGUGGUGGUAGAAUCGACUGUGAUUUUCCGGGAGGGUGCCGUCAGUGCCUCUGAGGUGAAAUCCCAGCUUAUGCAGCACGAGAAGGAGGCAGCAGACUAUAACCUGGCUAUUUCAAAAGUCAAUGUGAAUGAGGUGCCGCUCACUUCUUCUUCCCAGGCUCGGCCUGGGGUGCCUGGCUGGGGCAUCGCCCUGCUGGUGCUGGUCUGUAUUUUGGUUGCUUUGGCCAUCAUCUAUCUCAUUGCUCUGGCAGUGUGCCAGUGCCGCCGAAAGAGCUAUGGGCAGCUGGACAUCUUUCCAACCCAGGACACCUACCAUCCUAUGAGUGAAUAUCCCACCUACCACACCCAUGGGCGCUAUGUGCCCCCUGGGAGUACCAAACGUAGUCCCUAUGAGGAGGUUGUGGCAGGUAACGGCAGCAGCAAUCUCUCUUAUACCAACUCAGCAGUGGCAACCACUUCUGCCAACUUGUAGGGACAAGUCACCCCACCUGCUCUGCUUGAGAGGCAGCUGUUCCCUCAG